GAGAAAUAGAGAGACAUUUGGAGAGAUUGUGUAUGUUGAGGGAGAGAGACAGUGAGGGAGGAGAGAAUUGACAGAGGGGGUAUUUGAUUGAGAGUGGGAAUGGGGGGAGACGGUGUGUACAGGAGAGAGAGGGCUAGAAAGAGAGGGAGAGUACUGCCCUGCUCUGCUGCAGUGGAGAGAAGUGAGAGGAGAGACUGCAGUCUCUGUUUAUGGGAGAAUUCAGGGGAUGUUACCACGACACUGAAACGUUAGCCCUACGAGCCUGAUUAUUGGAUGGGUCACCCAGCCAGUGCGAAUAUCACAUUAGACUGAUUUGUCCUAGGAAUCUGAAAAUCGGUGUGUAUCUAUCUGGGGCUUCAGGUUUGCGACUAACUAAGUGGAGCUGUCCAGUGCUGAGCUGCAGAGAUGCAGAAAUUGGAAUGGACUGUGUGCGUGGCCUAGUCAUUGACGAUGAAGUGGAACUUGUUCAAGAAUAAGCCUGAGGCCAUGGUGGGUCCAGAGCCCACGGGCACCGGUGCCACCAUGACCGCGGCCCCAGCCGUAGCAAUCGCCACCACAGUGGCUGAACCCCCAGGCAACGGUACAGAGUCCAAGAAUGACAUGUUCGAAGAGAUCAAGAGCAAAUUCUUGAACGAGAUCGAUAAGAUCCCACUCCCUUCCUGGGCUAUCAUAGCCAUUGCUGUGGUGGCCGCCCUCCUCAUCCUCACCUGCUGCUUUUGCAUUAUAAAGAAGUGCUGCUGCAAGAAGAAGAAGAACAAGAAGGGCAAGAAGGGAAAGGAUGGCUUCAACAUGAAGAACAUGAAAGGGGAUGAGAAACAGGACGACGACGAUGACGAAGGUGAGACAGGGCUGACGGAGGAAGAGAAAGAGGAAGAGGAGAAAGAGGAGGAGAAGCUCGGCAAACUGCAGUACUCACUUGACUAUGAUUUCCAAGACAACAAGCUCACAGUGGGAAUACUCCAAGCUGCAGACCUUAUAUCCAUGGACAGCGGAGGCACCUCUGACCCGUACGUUAAGGUCUAUGUCCUCCCAGACAAGAAGAAGAAGUUUGACACCAAGGUUCAAAAGAAAAACCUGAACCCUGUCUUCAAUGAAUCAUUUGUUUUCAAGUUACCGUAUGAUGAGCUCGGUGGGAAAACCCUGGUGAUGUCAGUCUUUGACUACGACCGAUUCUCCAAGCAUGACAUCAUUGGAGAGGUGAAGAUCCCGAUGAACACCAUUGACCUGGGACAGCCCAUCGAAGAAUGGAAGGAUUUGGAGAGUGCAGACAAAGAGGAGCCUGAGAAGCUGGGAGACAUCUGUAUCUCUCUCCGUUACGUGCCCACCGCUGGCAAACUCACUGUCUGUAUCCUGGAGGCAAAGAACCUCAAGAAGAUGGACGUGGGUGGACUGUCUGAUCCCUACGUGAAGAUCGCGUUGCUGCAGGGCGGCAAGAAACUGAAGAAGAAGAAGACCACGGUGAAGAAGAACACUCUGAAUCCGUACUACAACGAGUCCUUCAGCUUUGAGAUCCCAAUGGACAUGAUGCAGAAAAUCUUGGUGGUGGUGACAGUGUUUGAUUAUGACAAGAUUGGCAAGAAUGACGCCAUUGGGAAGAUAUUUGUGGGAAGCAAGGCGACGGGCCCUGGUCUGAAGCAUUGGUCUGACAUGCUCUCUAACCCCAGGCGUCCCAUUGCCCAGUGGCAUCCACUACAACAGGAGGAGGAUAUAGAUGCGGCGCUGGCAGGUUUAAAUGCAAAAAAGUAACUUAAUUUGGCCAAUUUGAUUACCAACUAACCCAACUCAGAAACCCUCCCUCCCCAACCCUCCUACACUGCAUGAAACUCAUGACUUGCACAUGAUUCUGUCAUGUCUACUUGAAACACUGAACAAAAAAAAGAAACAUCUAGAAUAUCAGCUUAUUCAUAGUUAAAUUGAAGAACAUAAACAACACUUUUUCAACAUCAUAGCAUUUCACAUAUUUAGUGUAUUGUGAGAAGAGGGAGAUUGAACGAUUGAUUGGUUGAUAAAUGGAUCUGUGUUUCAUUUCAGCAUGCUUUUUAGCACCAGAUGCUUAGAUGCUGAUAAUGAAUGCUUAGAGAAUGGCUCAAUGAAAGGGAUGGUUAUAGCUUCUUCAUUUAGUUGAUCGAACAUUAUGCAUGCUUUACUUAUGCUCUCACUGCUCUGCAUAAACCAUGCCAAACCGAUUCCUAAUAGCAUAUAUCUUGUUCUCAAACCAUAAGUGUGCCAUAUCUUGCAGUAGAAUGAGUAAAUGUCUCAUACUGAACCGUUUGAAAUCUUCUUAUGUAAAGGGUUUAGGUGAGAUGGUAUACAGUUAAUACAAUGGCAGCAAUUCAUUCCAGAAUGUCAUUUUAACAGAACUUGACAAUGCAAUGUUUUUUUUGUUAUUCCAAUUUUAUUAUUAUUAUUAUUAUUAUUAUUAUUAUUAUUAUUAUAUGUAUUCCCAUACAUAUGAGAGAGCCAUAUUGUGGCAAAAAAUGACAUUUGACAUUGCAGUUAAUGAUUAUUAAUCAAACAUCAUUUCUAUGCAGUUAUGGCUUUCCGAGUGAUACACAGUCUGGGAGGAGUUCAUGGGUGCCUUUUUUCAUUAAACAGUUUGGUGAAGUACACUAGGCUCUCAACUUAAUGUGCACUGAGGUAAACUGUAUACCUGGCAAAAGUCAUAAUGACACAGUCCAAGAAAACUGCCAAUGUGUUGCAGACCUUUUUUUGACCACUUGGAUGUAAACGUGUUUACUUAUCCAUGCCCAAGGUAAAAAUGAAGAAAUUAUUUAUCUCUGUCGUUGAAAACACAUUUGACCCUUUACUAAUUUAAGUCAAAGAUACAAAUUGUUGAGGAUUUAUGUUCAAGAAAAUAAAGAAAAAAUGAUGAAUCAUAUUCUAGUAAAACAACAUUACACCCUGUACACUGUUGUGAAUUCAUUUUUGGCAUUAGUGCUAUCAAGAUGAAAGGGGCAUAUGUUAUAAAAUGGGACCAUCUGCUUGUUACAGCCGCUGCCUGUGAAUUGUAAAUCACGGUGCAUCUCUGAAAUGACUGAUACAAACAUACUGGAGGGGAUGUUUUCUCAGUUGAAAUGUGUGUUUGCAUGAAGGCCCGGCGUCCAUUUCUCUCCGCAGAGGAUGACUCUAGCGGCGUGGGUAUUCAUUCCAUUUUUUGGAUGCUCAAUUUGUAAUGAUGAAAAGGUACUCGUCAAGCAACCGGUACAUACAAAUGUAGCUUUUGCAUGAAACAAACGAGAGUAAAGUAAGCAUGAUUUAUGCCUUGUGCAAAUCUUCAUGUCAAUUGGCCUUUGGCUUUUGCACCACACACUCAUCAGCAACCUGCUUAGUAUGUAACCCUUACUGUUUGGUGCCAAACUGCUGAAACAUUGUGUAUUGUCUGCUGUUUAUUCAAACCUGUUUUUCCCAAGGGCGUUGUUCGUUCAGACAUCCUAUGAUUUUGAUGUCCAAGAGGCCACUGUAUAUAAGCUGAUCAAACUGAAAGGAGGGUGAACGUUAGGAUGCUAAUUAGUCCAUUGUAGUUUUGCCUCCCCCCCUCUCUCUUCCUUCUGUAAAUAUUAUGCAUUGAGCAAAUGUGUUAAUACAGCAUGCAUCGAUACAAUGUUGUAAAUAUCAGCAUGUUUUAAAGAGGAAUCAUAACUAUAUUGUGUUUGUGUCCAAUGUCAUUUUGAUAAUAAAACGGAGAGAAAAUAUGCAUUGACUGCACAUUUGAUGUAUUUUCCCUAAAGGCUAUGGGACUCAACGUAUGUCUGCAUAGUCUAUGGGUUUUAGAGGCUAUUUUCUUGCCUGGAAUUCAAGUGUUGAUUUUUACUGUGUGGGUAUUCAUUUAGCAGACCAAAAAUGUUGCAUGCUUGUUUUUAGUAUGUGUUAAUUGUAUAAUCCUUUCAAUCUGUGUACUGUGGUCAACCCUAAAUAUUUUACUAUAUACUACAAGUACAAAUGCAAUAUUACUAACAUGUCCUGCAUUCACUUGUAUGUGUGCAUGGUCUUUGAUGGCCAUGAUUCAUUGUGUAUUUAUUGCAAAAGGACAACAUUCACUAGCUCUCUUGCUUUGUAAUUAUAUGUACCAUAAGUGUUUCCUUCAUUUAUCCUGCCAGAGGUUGUAGUAACUGCCUUAUCAAACAUAAUUUGUAUCUGUUGGGUUGGCCAGUAUUGGCCCAUUACUAAGUCACAUGACAGUACUACACAAAUGUAAGUCCAAGUACUAGACCUUCCUUAGACUGUUUAGUGACAGGUUCAUAACUCACCGCAUAGAAGUCAAAGCAUGGACUUGUAGCCCUCUUUCAACACCUCUUAUAUAUUUGUACCCUGAGUAGACCUCUGCUUGCUGUCAUUCAAUGCUUAGUAUAACAGUUAAAUGUGUCUUUUUUUAGUAUGUUGAUCAAAAUAAGAAGAAAAGCCAUACAACUUGAGCACUGAAACAUUAGAGCUCAUCUGUGAGGUUAGUAACCAAGCCUAAAACACCUCUUAGGUAUCUAUACUCUGAGCAAAGGUAUAUUGCUACUCAUAUAAAAAAACGUAUAGAGAUAUUAACAGAGUAGCUGGUUCAGACUUUACCACUUUCCUAUGACACAAUAGCUUAAAAAUGAUCUACCGAAUAAGUAUAUUUAUAUGUGAAUUAUAUUAGAUUUGUUCCUCUAUAUAAUCACCUGUGCCAGCUCUGUUGGAUUUUCACCACACAUUAUAUAAUAUGUGUUUUGCUUAUAUAUAGGUACUGAACAUGAUAAUAGUGGUUAUGUUUACCAACAUUGUUGGCAUGACUUUGAGUUAAUAUUGUAAGAUAUACAUGCCUCGGCAUGUAUUAAAUCCAAUGACUGCUUGGCUCUUUGGGAUGAUCAAAUACAUAUCUAUGUUCGGAAAAAGUUUAAAUGAAUCUUCAGUCAGUCGUAUAAUUUGCACAUGGAAUGCAAAACAAUGUUUUAUGUUAGCAUAAAGAGCCAAAAUAGUGAAAUGUUACUCGAUUGCAAAAUUACGUACAUUUCUCCAUGCUCUUAAUACACCGAUUGCAAGUAUACAUCUGAUUUAUUUAACCCAUAAAACCCAUACAGUAUAACCUCCAUUCCAGUUAUGCAGUUAUUACUCAAAUUAUGAGUUUAAUUGUGGUGAUGAAUGAAUACUGUUACUUCCUCACAUGUUUUCCGGAUCCCUCCUAUUGAGUAUGCUUGGGUUGAUUAUGAUUGUUUUAUAGACCAUUAUUCUGUCCAUUUUUAAAAGUUGUAUUUGCAAUAGGACCAAUAGCGCCUGUGUUCUUCUAACAUUUUCUCAGUGAACAACAGAAACUGAGUGGGUUUUUCAAAUUACUGCAAUGCAGGCAACAAAAUCCCUGUCUUCCUGGGUCUAUGGAACUCUUUUGAGUAUGGGGCGGACCCAAACAGUGCAGAGCUACAUUCGCAAUGCAAUACUGCCAAACUUGCUGCUUAAAAAAAAAAGAAAUAGGGUUUCUCUUUAUGCAUAGCGUUUUGAUCCUCCAUGGCCACCAUGCUUCACGACUUCCAAAGAACUGUUCCCCUCUGCCUCUCCUCCUCACUCCCUCCUCUCCUUCUAUACUAUUCAACAACAUGGACAAGGGAAAUGCUUGAACGUGAUUGUUUUUUUUGUCUCGUUGUAGAGGUGUGCGUAUGUGUGUGUGUGUGUGUCAGUAGUUGUGCCUUUUGUGGAUUGCAUGAUUUAUUUCCCUACCAACAAACAUGUUGUUGUCCAGCAAAAAGACUACAUAUCCUCCAGCUCUUGUAUCAAUAUAUCAGUCAAUGUGAUAUUAUUAAGAACCUCAAGGGAACCAAAACAUGGAAUGUCUCCACAGACGUAUCUAUAUGUUAUCAUAGGAAAUAAAGGUCUUUUAAGUA